AUGUGGAACCAGGGGGGUCAGGCCGAGUUUGUGCAUCAGGCACAACAACUGUGGCAGCAUGCUGCGCAGCAUGCUGGGGAUCAGUCUAUGCCUCACGCCGCGGAUGUUGCUGCAGCUUGGCAGCGGUGGGCAGACGCCCUCUUUGAAGGUGCAGGGCGUGUUGCACAUGAUCUUGUUCUACCUGCUUAUGCGGCCGAAGUGGCAUUGGACCCGAACACGACGUAUCUCUACGGAGCUGAUGGCGCAGUUUUGGUGGAUCCAAUGAACAACAAGCCGAUCUCGGACGACUGGUGGAACGGCUUCAUCGGCUUCCAGUCUGAGUUGAUCAAGUCCAUUGACGCCAAGCUCCGGGAAGUGGGUGUAGAGCAGGCCUUCGGCUGGACCAUCGCUUUGUACACGGCCAUCAAGCUCUUGUUCUUCCCCUUGCAGCAGUCACCGUCGCAGCAAAUGUCAAGGAGAUCUGAAGAGGAAUGUCUGCAGUCGCCCGGGGCCAAGCCCCGGAACUUUGGGUGCCCUUUCCAUAGGAUACCACUCAUGUUUUUGGGCCUCUGGAUUGGUGGUUUGGAUUGCUGGUUUGGGGUCUGA